AUGGACCCUUCUGAGGCAAAGAAACGUGUGUAUGAAAAAGUCAUGAAAUUUGAACCUGAAAAGGUUGCGAGGGAGAUUAUAGGCUAUAUUUUCUUGCAAGACUAUCCAGAGCAGGAAAUGAUUCGAUUAGCGUUAGGCCCUGAUACGUUAAUUCGCAAUGUGAUCCAGGAAGCAAAAGAUUCAUUUGACGUAAACUCAACUCCAGUGUUCCGCAGCCCUUCUAUGACUGCAGUCAAUAUAGUAGAUCCAGCACUACGGUUUGCAAAUUUUUCAUCCACUUACCCUGUAUCCGCUCCUCGCUGCAAACCUCAACUCUCUGAUGAACAUUCUUAUUUAGCUGAAAUUCUCUACUCCAGGAAUGAGCAGCCGCAACAGUUCCACCCUCUUGAAGAAACAAUGUACUUUGAGAAUUUGAAUUACCCAAGUGAUUACUGCUAUCCAGAAGCUCCCCUUAUCAGGCGCUACAGAAAUUCUCCAAGUUCGUUUAAAUUUCCGAAGCCUUGCCACUAUUUCAACAAAGGGUUCUGUAGAAAUGGUGACAGCUGUAGGUACUUUCAUGGUCCAUUUCCCGAGAGCUACCCACUUACGAUUGAUCCUAAUCUUUGUGAAAAUGGUGAUGAAGAUGAAGUACUUUCACCUGGUUCCCUCGAGAAAUUUGAGCUAGAGCUAACGGAGCUCUUGAAAGAUAAGAGAGGGAAUCCUGUUUCAAUUGCAUCCCUGCCCAUGAUGUAUUCUGCCAAGUACGGGAAAGUACUCCAAGCGGAAGGGUAUCUAACCGAGAGCCAAAGAAAUGGUAAAGCUGGCUAUAAUUUGACAAAGCUUCUAGCUCGAUUGAAGUUUGUUCGUCUGAUUGAAAGGCCUCAUGGACAACAUUCUGUAGUUCUGGCUGAAGAUGCAGCGAAGUACAUGGACACUCAUGGUGUAAGAAGUGAUCCAGGUCCUAUCGUUAGUGAUUCACGUCAAAUAUAUUUGACGUUCCCUGCUGAGAGCACUUUUACGGAGGAAGAUGUCUCUGCUUACUUCGACACUUUUGGGCCAGUUCAAGAUGUACGAAUGCCAUGUCAGCAGAAACGAAUGUUUGGAUUUGUUACAUUCUUCAGCACAGAUACUGUAAAAAUGGUUUUGUCUACAGGAAAUCCACAUUAUGUGUGUGGUGCUCGCGUUCUUGUCAAACCUUAUAGGGAGAAGUCUAAGCUAUCUGAAAGAAAGCACCAGGAGAGACUGGAGUCGUCAAUAUUUUACCACUUCGAUUCUAGGCUUCAAGAAAAAUUUAAGUCCCCUAGAAUGCUACGGAAACAUUUAAUGGAAGAGCAAUUCCUUGAACAUGAGGCUAGGCGACUUGCACAGCUGCAGUUAUCGCGAAAACGCAUGGCCACUCUGCCCUAUUUUGGCCCUCCCAUGGACGAAUUUAACAUUUCUCAACCAGAACAUUCCAGCCAUCUAUUAGAUGUUCGGAACAGUGGAUCCCCGGAUGAAGAUAAUUCCAAGAAUUCAGAUGAAAGCCAUUAUGCUGACGACGAUAGCAAUCAACGAAUCAACCUGCCAGACAGUCCAUUCGCAUCAAGAGUAGCGAGCAGUAUAGCUGAAUUUUUAUAG